GUCUCAGAUCCCUCUGUUGUUUGACAGAGACAGAGAGAGAGAGAGUACUGUACCCGACCCAACUGUGGUCCACCAGAUUCCAGGUUUUCAUAAUGGCUGAUGACGAGGAGCAAUACAAACCCAGGCCAAUGAAUCCCAAGUUAAUUGACAAGCCGAAGUCGAAGAUUACGGCUUCGCGUAAGCUCUCCCUGAAGAUCAUGCUGCUCACCAGGGCGAUGGAGCAGCUGGAACAGGAGACGCAGGACAGGGAUGAGGAGAAAUUGCGCUACGUGGGAGAGAGACUGCCCCCCCUGCAGCUCUCUGGACUGUCAUUGGCUGAGCUACAGGACCUAUGCAAGCAGCUCCAUGGAAAGAUAGAUGUGGUAGAUGAGGAGAGAUACGACUGUGAGGCCAAAGUGACCAAGCACAACAAAGAUAUCCAUGAGUUGAAGCUGAAGGUGCAGGACUUAGGAGGGAAGUUUAAGAAGCCCGCCCUGAGGAAGGUGCGCGUCUCUGCAGACGAGAUGAUGAGAGCUCUGCUGGGCACCAAACACAAAGGUUCUAUGGACCUCAGGUCCAACCUCAAGUCUGUCAAGAAGGAAGACACCAACAAGGACAAAGACAAGGUGCUCACGGCUGAGGUGACCGACUGGCGUAAGAACGUGGAGGCCAUGUCUGGCAUGGAGGGCCGCAAGAAGAUGUUCGACGCAUCUGGCGGCCAGUGAGCCUUGCUACAGCCUUGGGACGGGAACGGAGGAGGAGCUGUGUAGUCCCUGAAAGCGCUCCGCCACACACCCUACCACAGUACAAAGGCAGCAGGGGGUUAAAUUGUGAGGAGUCCAGUGCUGAGGAGUCCAUUAGAGGGAUUUGUAGUUUUGUAAAUCAGGUUGUAGUUCUCUGCUGGAGUGGAGGGGUUUCUAUAAAAGUUUUACAGAGCCUCCGAUUGCUUUCAGUUACCAUUACCAAAUAUUUGACAACCCUGUACAAAAUCGUUUUGGAACCCAACCCAAUAUUAACAGUGUACCACAAAGCCCUCAGAUGAGACCAUAUGUGGUAGUCUUGGAAACCCAAAACGAAAAUAUUUUGUAAUUGCGUCAGAUGCUCAAUUAGGUUACGGGGAGAGAUGUAUGAGAUAAGAUACUAACGAGACUAGCGAAGUCUCCACCCCUUAAACGGAAACUCUCAGCCAAAGCCCCCCCACUUCCAAAAGCACCAUCUUCACCCAGUCCUGAUACGUCCAAAUAACCAGUGACGGAAAACCACAAAAGCACCAGAACUACUGCUCCUCGUUAGUCGUCACAUCCCACAGUCUUUUGACAGACGUUACAAUACCAUGUUUGUUACAUAGUCUGUCCACAAGAGAUUAGUAAUUGAUGCGCUUACAAAGCACAUAAAUAUGUGAACACCCUAAACACAGAGAGGUCACAUAAAAGUUAAGUGAAUGAUUGGAGUAAUGUAGAAUAGUGAAGUCAUCAUAGUCCUCCACUGAGUCAAGCCUUUAGGCUGAUACAGUAUGUAGUCUUAAAGAAAUAGGAAAGGCUUGAGGCUGAUGAACGUUUACAGUUGUCAAUAUCAUGAUGAUUUCCUCAUUCAUUAAGCAACAGGUUGCUUUCUCGGACUCUGACUCCCUCAGGGCUGAUCUCAAUGGUAAAACCGCAUGAUUUAACCCCUCGCUGCCUUCCUCACGCAUGAUCUCUCCACCCUGUCACUGACCACUUGGCCUAUCACGCUGGGACAGUUCACCACUUCUUGAAAAGUUGUGUGUAUCUCACUAUGCUAUUUAUUAUGGAAGAAUAGAUGUAUGGGUUUUAUUUAUGGCGUUAUAAAAAAUGAAUCGCCAAAGGUU